AUGGUUAAUUUUGAUGCUACUCCUGCAAUGGGGUUUUUAUAUAAAACAAUGGAGAAUGCAAAACAAGAAAUUCAAGCUAACUUGAGAAAUGUUAAGAAAAUGUAUGAAUCUGUGUUUGCAGUCAUUGAUAAGCAAUGGGAUGGAAUUGCUUAGCCAUGAUUUACAUGCUGCGGGUUACUAUUUGAACCCUCAAUUUCAUUAUAGUUCAUCUUUUAGUAAUGAUCCCAUUGUGAAGCGAGGUAUAACAGUAUUGGGAGAAUGGUUGCAAAUAAGGAAGAAAGGAUAAAGAUUGAUUUGCAAUUGGAGUCAUUUAAGUAUGCCAAAGGAUUGUUUGGAUUUGAAAAUUCUAUUUUGAUGAGGAACAAGAAAACACCAGUUCAAGAAGGGCCUAGUAGUAGUAGGUCACGAGGCAAGAGAAGGGCUAGUCAAACUCAAAGAUUUCAACUCAUUGAUGAAGAUGACGAAGAUGAACAUGAAUUUGCAAAUGACAGGGAUGAUGAAGGCCAUAAUGAUGUUGAUUAUGAAUUUGCAAAUGAUCGAGUUGAUUUUCAAAGGAUGGGAGAUGAAAAUGCUUAUGCCAAUGAUGCAAGCAAUGAUUUGGGAGCUCGUCAUAUUGAUGAGUGUUCAUUUUCUACCGGAUGGAAGCCAUGGAACAAGACUAUUGAUGAAUAUGAUGGUGAUGGUGAUUAGUUUGGUUAUAAAUUAUGAUUUGAACUUGUGUUUUUUUGUUUCACUAGUAUGUUAUUUCACUAGUAGUUUGAACUUUGAAGUUUGAAAUUAUGUUAUUUCACUAUUCACUAGUAUGUUUGCCUUUUGGACUUUGGUGAUAUUGAACACUGGAUUC